AUGGGUGAUGUAGAAAAAGGCAAGAAGAUUUUUAUUCAGAAGUGUGUCCAGUGCCACACUGUGAAAAAGGGAGGCAAGCAUAAGGCUGGACCAAAUCUCCGUGGUCUGUCUGGGUGGAAGACAGGCCAGGCUGCUGGAUUCUCUUACAGAGAUGCCAACAAGAACAAAGGCAUCACCUGGGGAGAGGAUACCCUGAUGGAAUAUUUGGAGAAUCCCAAAAAGUAUAUCCCUGCAACAAAAAUGAAUUUUGCUGGAAUCAAGAAGGGAGAUGGCAGACCUAAUAGCUCACCGUAA